GCUGUUAGUUUUCUGAAAACUCCUGCUAAUUUAACCAUCUUUCCUGGAUUAUGGGGUUGCAGAUUUUUUUAUUACAAUGAAAACCCAUAAUCUACGAUUUCCUGUUCAUGUAAUCAAUCCCAGAAAUUGUUGUGUAUAUGUCGAAAAUCUGCAUUUGAUAUCUGAAUUUGAAUGAAUUCGAAACUUUAUGACAUUUCAUUUUAUCAUUUACACAAGUUCUCAUUAUGUAUGUGUGCUUUUGUUGACAUGAACCAAUAUUUUCGAAAUAUUUGAGGGUAUGUGCUUUAAAAUUUCGAAAUAUAUAGAUGAAAUCCUAAUCCUGAUCCUGGUUUUUGAAGUUUUCGAGAUUUGGAGGAAGCGAUUUUUAAGUAUCGGUUGGCUUUCUUGCACCCCAUAGAUGGGUUGCUUUCCUUGUCUGCAGUUAUCUCAGAACAACGCGAAAAAAAGACCAAAGAGCAGAUUUUCAUCAAAUUUGAGACCAGCAGCUACAAAGCCUCAUUCACGACAACAACCUUCGUAUCCUCCUACAUAUUAUGGUAAAAAGCAUGCAGAAGCGCCCAGAAAGGCUCCGACUGAAACCUCAGUCACGAGGCCUACGUCUAGAAAGUCCUCAGUUGAGGCUGCAGACAAUAAGGAUGAUAAUGGCAACAAAAACAUUACGUCUCAAUCUUUCAGUUUCCGUGAGCUAGCAACUGCAACAAGGAAUUUCCGACAGGAAUGCCUUAUAGGAGAAGGAGGAUUCGGACGUGUUUACAGGGGAAAAAUCAGCAAAAUUGGAGAGGUUGUUGCAAUAAAGCAACUAGAUCGUAAUGGAUUACAAGGAAACAGAGAGUUUCUGGUGGAAGUACUGAUGUUGAGCCUCCUCCAUCAUCAAAAUUUGGUUAAUCUUAUCGGAUAUUGUGCUGAUGGAGAACAAAGGCUUCUUGUCUACGAGUACAUGUCACUAGGAUCUCUCGAAGAUCAUUUAUUAGAUCUCAGACGAGGUCAGCCGCCACUGGCUUGGUCUUCAAGGAUGAAAAUCGCCCUCCAUGCUGCGAGAGGGCUGGAAUAUUUGCAUGAUAGAGCCCACCCGCCAGUCAUAUACCGCGAUUUAAAAUCCUCAAAUAUCUUGCUGGACGAGGAUUUCAAUGCGAAGCUAUCAGAUUUUGGAUUAGCCAAGCUUGGACCUGUUGGGGAUAAAUCUCAUGUAUCAUCCAGGGUAAUGGGAACUUAUGGAUAUUGCGCCCCUGAGUAUCAGAGAACGGGUCAAUUAACAGUCAAGUCAGAUGUAUACAGCUUCGGAGUUGUGUUGUUGGAGAUGAUUACAGGAAGAAGAGCUAUCGAUACCUCAAAGAGAAAUGAAGAGCAAACACUAGUUGCCUGGGCAGGACCGAUGUUCAAAAAACAAAGCAGAUACUCAGAACUAGCUGAUCCACUCCUGCAAGGAGAUUAUCCGAAAAAAAGUUUUAAUCAAGCAGUUGCAAUUGCUGCAAUGUGUCUCCAUGAUGAUGCAUCAGCGCGUCCACUGAUGAGCGAUGUGGUCAGUGCUCUUAGCUUUCUUGGCGACACAGCUGAACCUGUCAUUGCUUCGCCUGUUACACCGCCUUCUCCACAAGCUGCGAGGCAUGUCAGCGAAAACCAUUCUGAUGAGGUUAAUAAAACAGAACGCGAGCUAGCAAUAUCAGAAGCUAAGGAAUGGUGCACAAAAUCAAGAGACCAACAGGUUUCAGAAGGUUCUGUUUAUCGCUGAUAUCUAUUUUUAUUUUUCAUGCUGUACACUAUUGAACUUUAGAUCUGAGAAUCACAAAACUCGAAGACAAGGUCUUAUACAUUUAUGCGGAA